CUGCUUGUCAUCCUUUUGUCUAUGAGUGGUUGACACCGUUCCCGUGAACGGGGGAUAGAGAGGAGGUAAAGAAGAAAGAAACUGAGACUAGGUCCGUGUAUAUCUUGUGUACAAGCCUUCUCUUCGGGUAUGGCAAGUAGCCCACAGAACCGGAGUUUAUAAAUGGUGGAGUUACAGACACUGCAGUUCCCGGGUGCUGAAGUCGGGGAGCUCGUUCUCGCUGUACGGGAAGGAGGGCGGGGUCUCGUAGCAUCAUCGCUCUCGAUUCAUUGUAAGGCUGCUGAUGCUGAUCAGUAGCGGAGAAAAAACCAAGGGCCAUGGGGACGGGUAUAAAAACCUUAGGCCUUAAUACAUUGUGGAGAUUAAUUACACGCUCUUCUGUCUACUAAGAUCAUGAGGAAGAGGAAGAACUGGAAACCACAGGAGGGCCUCUGUUCGUUUCUAUGAAGUCUCAAUGAAAGCAUUGGAGCAGCUGUAAUAUUUGACUCAAUGGCAAAGAAGGGACGCACUAAGGGCGAGAAGCCCGAAGCGCUCAUCUCUGCUUUACAGGCAGCUAACGAAGAUCUCAGGUCCAAACUGACUGACAUUCAAAUAGAACUUCAUCAAGAGAAAUGCAAGGUGAGUAAGUUGGAGCGUGAGAAGGUGCAGGAGUGCAAGCGCAUCCGGGAGCAGGAGCAGCACCGGCACACGGCCACGCUGACAGAGCAGCGAGCCAAAUGGCACGAGGAGAAGCAGAAGGAGCUCCAGGCGCUCAGAGAGAACCUGGUCCGCCAGCACGAGCAGGAGCAGGCCCGCACCGCCAAGAUCAAGGACCAGGAGAACCAGCGGCUCAAGGCGGCGCUGAGUGCCAUGCGGGACGGCAGCGGAGAGAAGGUGCGCACAGCAUUGACCCUGGAGGCCAAAGAGGAGGCGCGACGCUUCUUCGACGUGGAGAGGGUCAAGCUGCUGCAGGAGAUCUCCGAGCUCAAGCAGACCAAGAAGCAGACAGACGAGGCGCUCAGCACCAUGAUCCAAGCAGAUAAGAUGAAGGCUGGGGACCUGCGCUCCGAGCACCAGAUUCACCAAGAGCAGAUUUCCAAGAUCAAGUGGGACAGCGAGAGGGACAUCCGCAGACUGGUGGAUGAGAUCAAGUCUAAAGAGCGCACCAUCUUCUCUCUGGAGAAGGAGUUUGAGAAUGCCAUUGGCUUGCUGCAGAAGCUGCAGAUGCAGAAGGAUGCCCUGGACGACCAGCUGUUCCUGGUCAAGGAGGCAGAGUGUAACCUGGGCAGCCCCAAGAGAGAGAUCCCCGGACGGGCUGGGGAUGGGGCAGAACACUGUGGCAGCCCGGUACGACAUAGAAAGGCAGAGGGGAACCUGGAAAUGGACAUGCGCAGGAACCAGAGGCGCAUGGCUGACCUCAACUCCACCAUCCGCAAGCUGGAGGACCGCAACUCACUGCUGGUGGAUGAGAGGAAUGAACUGCUGAAGCGUGUGCGGGAGUCUGAGAAGCAGUGCAAGCCCAUGCUGGAAAAGAACAAGGUGCUGAAUAAGAGGAAUGAUGACCUCAGCCAGACCCUGCAGCGCAUGGAAGAGAAACUCAAAGGCCUGGCCAAGGAGAACCUGGAGAUGAAGGAGAAGAUCAGCUCCCACCUGCCACUGAAGAAAGCCAACUGCAAGUCUCUGAAUGAUCUGGACCAGGCGCAUGAUGACCAGGAAAUUGAGUUCCUCAAGCUGCAGGUGCUGGAGCAACAAAGCAUGAUUGACGAGCUGACAAGAGAUAGGGAAAAACUAUUGCGGAAGAAGAGGCAUAAACGAAGCAACAGACCAAUAAAGAGACACAUUGUAGUGGACACCUUCUUUGGAUACGAUGAGGAAUCCAUGGACUCAGAGACGUCCUCCGUGGCUUCGUUUCGCAUGGACCGCACUCCAGCCACUCCUGAUGAAGACCUGGAUGAGGGACUGGUCAAUGAGGAGUCGGAGCUGCGCUUCAGGCAGCUGACCAGAGAGUACCAGGCCUUACAGAGGGCAUACGCCCUGCUGCAGGAACAUCAAGGAGGCCUUCUGGAUGCUGAGAUAGAAGCUAAGGCUCAAGAGCAGCUACAUGCAGACAUUCUCAGGUACAAGGCCAAGAUAGAAGACCUGGAGAAGGAGCUCGCCCACAAAGGACAGGACUCCAAGUGGGUAGAGGAGAAACAGCUGUUCUUCAGGAGGAAUCAGGAGCUGCUGGAAAAGGUGGAGAAGUUAGAUGCAAAAUGUGGUCGACAGCAACAGGAGCUGCAAGACUCCAAGGACCAGAAUGAGCUCCUGGAAUUCAGAAUACUGGAACUAGAGGAGCGUGAGCGAAAGUCCCCUCCGUUUAAUCAUCUCCGCAUGCAUCCGUUCUCCGAGGGUGUCAGCGCCCUACAGAUCUACUGUAUGAAGGAAGGAGUGAAGGAUGUCUGUGUACCUGACCUGAUCAAGCUCCUAGACAUUCUGGGUGAUAAUGGGAACUUGCGAAAUGAGGAGCAAGUGGCCAUUAUUCAAGCUAGCACUGUCCUAUCUCUUGCUGAAAAGUGGAUACAACAGAUUGAGGGAACAGAGGCAGCGCUGCAUCAGAAGAUGAUUGACCUGGAGCUAGAGAUGGAGAUGUUCUGCAAGCAGAAAGGCUAUCUGGAGGAGGAGCUGGACUACAGGAAGUCAGCCCUGGAUCAGGCCUACACGCAAAUCCAGGAGCUGGAGGCUACUCUUUACAACGCGCUGCAGCAGGACAAGGUGAUUGGGUACGGCGAGCCUCUGAGUGACAUGCAGAAGGACGAGCUACGUACGUCCGUGGAGAAGCUACGCAGACAGAUGCUAAGGAAGAGCAGAGAGUUCGACUGUCAGGUUCUGGCUGAGAGGAUGGAGCUGCUCCACCAGGCCCAUCAGAGAAUCCGAGACCUGGAGGAUAAGACAGACAUUCAGAGGAGACAAAUUAAGGAUCUGGAGGAGAAGUUUUUGUUUCUGUUCUUAUUCUUUUCUCUUGCCUUUAUCCUUUGGCCUUGAUGUCUGUGACAUCUCCUGCAGCAGAGACAGCGUGGAAACCUGGAGAUUGUGUUUGUGACUGCAGUGGGUUUUAUUUUGGGGAGAAGAGAGUCGACUUUGUGACUCAUAUUGUAACAGUGAGUGGAUAUGGAACUGUUGUGUGUCGGACAUGGCUGGGAAUUCACACCUGUUUGAUUUGGGACCUCACUCUGGGGAUAUACAUAAUGUAUGCUGCACUGGACUGAACCCUGGACCAUGGAGCUUCUCUCAACUCAGUGGGAUAACUGGAACAGAACCCUCAGUCGGAAAACACGCACACACAUACACACACACGUGUAAACAGUCAUAUACACUGUACACGCUGAUACAAACAUACUGGAAACACACACGCAUGCACACACAUCAACCCACUUUUUAAGACAUAAAGGAAACCAAAGUCUAGGAGAUCUUAUCUCUGCCAUGCAGGGGAACGCUACACCAUCCAUCUACUCCAAGACUACACCCUGACUACAUACCGGCUACCCCCAGACUACCCCCCGACUACCCCCAGAGUACCCCCCCAGAGUACCCCCCGACUAUCCCCAGACUACCCCCCGACUACCCCCAGAGUACCCCCCGACUAGCCCCAGACUACCCCCAGAGUACCCCCCGACUAGCCCCAGACUACCCCCAGACUAUACACGGAAGAGGACAGGAAAGACUGCUGUAGGCUACAUCAACAGGCCUCACCAGACCACAGUCCUUCCAACUCUCUCCCUCUCUCUCUUAUAAACCUGAUCGGACGCUCUUAUGUGUGAAUGCACCCCUUCACAGGAGUGACGAGACAUGAUCAGGGCCUGUGAGUGUGGUGACUGACUGAUCUGAUGGUGACUGAAUGACUGAUCUGAUGGUGACUGAAUGACUGAUCUGAUGGUGACUGACUGAUCUGAUGGUGACUGACUGUUCUAAAGGUGACUGACUGAUCUGAUUGUGACCGACUGAUCUGAUGGUGACUGACUGACUGUUCUGAUGGUGACUGACUGACUGAUCUGAUGGUGACUAACUAUUCUGAUGGUGACUCUGAUCUGAUGGUGACUGACUAUUCUGAUGGUGACUGACUGACUGAUCUGAUGGUGACAGACUGUUCUGAUGGUGACUGACUGUUCUGAUGGUGACUCUGAUCUGAUGGUUACUGACAGUUCUGAUGGUGACUCUGAUCUGAUGGUUACUGACUGUUCUGAUGGUAACUGGCUGAUCUGAUGGUGACUGACUGACUGUUCUGAUGGUGACUCUGAUCUGAUGGUGACUGACUGACUGUUCUGAUGGUGACUCUGUUCUGAUGGUGACUGACUAACUAUUCUGAUGGUGACUGACUGACUGUUCUGAUGGUGACUCUGUUCUGAUGGUGACUGACUGACUGUUCUGAUGGUGACUAACUGUUCUGAUGGUGACGGACUGACUGUUCUGAUGGUUACUGGCUGAUCUGAUGGUGACUGACUGACUGUUCUGAUGGAGACGGACUGACUGUUCUGAUGGUAACUGGCUGAUCUGAUGGUGACUGACUGACUGUUCUGAUGGUGACGGACUGACUGAUCUGAUGGUGACUAACUAUUCUGAUGGUGACUGACUGACUGUUCUGAUGGUAACUGACUGACUGUUCUGAUGGUGACUCUGAUCUGAUGGUGACUGACUAUUCUGAUGGUGACUGACUGACUGUUCUGAUGGUGACAGACUGACUGUUCUGAUUGUGACGGACUGUUCUGAUGGUGACUGACUGACUGUUCUGAUUGUGACGGACUGUUCUGAUGGUGACUGACUGACUGUUCUGAUUGUGACGGACUGUUCUGAUGGUGACUGACUGACUGUUCUGAUCGUGACGGACUGUUCUGAUGGUGACUGACUGACUGUUCUGAUUGUGACAGACUGUUCUGAUGGUGACUGACUGACUGUUCUGUGACCAGGAGACACAGGACAUGGGACACCCAGGAUAAUGUGUCUCCUCUGGUCUCAGACCAGCUGAAACAGCUCAGGUGAUGGCAGAGAGAGAGAAGUACGGGAGAGAGGAUCCACUAUGUGCUCACACACUGACCCACCAGAUCUUCUUUUCAACAGAAGACCAAGGUUUCUGUUUGUAGACUUUAACUGUACUUUUUUAAACCAGCGGACAGAAUGGAAUUAGGUCUCUGGUUCUCCUUCCUUUCCUUUUUUAAUAAACCAAAAGUCCCAGUCGAUCCCCAUGUACCAAGAUUUCCACAGAGAAAAAAGACCCUCUAUAUGGCUGUGUAAUAUAUAGAUUUGUUGAUAUGUACAUGUGUCUUGAUGAUUUCCUGUAGUCUCUUUUCUUCUUUCUGUGAAUAUGACCUCUUUCUCCUCUGCAGCUUGAACAGUAGAACUACUCAGCCGUUUCUAAAUACUCCAACAUAUGAAACACUCUGUUUAUUGUGGUGACAGCUGCAAAUGAACUUUAUUUCCUCAAUUGUACUGAACUUAAAAUAAUUGAAAUAUCGAUAUUCUCCUCCACCCUUUUUCCUUUCACAUUCCCUCUCUUUUGUACUCUUUCAAGAUGGUCAAUUGUAGCCUACCAGCAGGAGUUUCAUGGUUUAUACUGAAUGACGAUUACCACUCCCUUUAAAUGAACAGUAAACACUAUGUCCCAGCUACCUACCUGCAUCCUAAACAGCUCUGGCUGAUUGUGGUCAUUGUCUUCUCAGCAAAGCGAUCAGGAAUACUGUAAAACGAAAAGGAAUACGGUACCUCUUUCAGCAAUGACAUGCCGUUUUGCUCUACUGUAUUUUACUAACACCCCUUUCAGCACCAUGGACACCACAGGGGUUGGUUCUAACCUUCCUAACCCACCACCCCCAUCUCCCAACUGAAAUAGGAGAAAGUUGACGAAAUGUCUACCUGCUGGUUCUGCUUCUCUCCUUUCACCCUGACUAUGUCCUGGUCCUGCAAUAUAACUACAUGUCCCUGUCCAACCUCUCACCCAGCCACGCUAGCCCCCGCACCCGGCCCUAUCUGGAGGCCUAGGAACCCAAAGCAUCCCAUUACAUACCUGUACAUGUCCCACUUCUCUUACAUUACACUGUAGGAGAAUGAUUGACACUGUUUUGGAGCAAACUCAGCCAACUAGCGAUUGCCUUAAAUGCGCUUUCCCCAUCAAUUUGUAAGUUAUUUUUAAUGAUUAUGUUUUUGAUCAGUUAGUAUGAUUAUGUAAUGUUGUACAUUUCUGUUCACCGAGGACAUUGAUUUGUACAUCUUUACCCUCCUGUCUUCCAAUGAGAAUUUAACCCCCUCCUCUUUCAAGUAUAUUAAACAAACAAAAAGGGAUAAUGAUGAAAAUAAAAGUUCAUGGCUUGCA